UCUUUAGGUAACAGAAGACGAUGAUGUUGACGUAUCUUGCAAUGAAGACUGUAAAUUAAAACAGUGUCGUAUUGGGUGUCAAAGGUGGGCAGUUGCCAUCAAAACCUCUUGUCAAAAUGCUUGUAAUGGUACAGAUGUUACCAAAGGAAAGGUUCUUUACUGUUUUAUGGGGUGUAAUCUUGCAGUCACUGCAUAUAUAGAAAGUAUUAAAGUGAAAUUUGGAAUACCACCUGCACCAUACCUUGUGGCAUUUUCAAAAACGAAUGAAUCAGUGGUUAUCGAAUGGAAGCCAGCACCACUGGACAAUGUUUCCUACUUAGUCCAGUGGAAAUAUGAGUCUUUGCCAGGAGACUGGGAAUACUAUAAUCCAGAUAACAUAUUAAAAACUAACCAAGUUAUAAUUGAAGGCUUGCAUCCUUACACAAAGUAUAAGUUUCGAGUUGCAUGGAUUAUUCUUCCUCAGUAUGCUCCAAUUGUAUCACAUGAAAGUGUAGAGAUAUCAACACUACCUUAUGGUGUUCCAACAACAGCUCCUACCAUUACAAGUCUUGCAGCUCUUGGGCCAAGAAGAAUCUCUGUCAGCUGGGAACCUCCUCCUUUCUCUAAUGGGCCAAUAUUAUCUUAUGUUUUAUACCUUCAGGAAAUGCCAGAUGGAUACGAUCCAAUUAAGGAUGUAUCUGAAUCUGUUGGUGAUUUAUAUUACAUGUUCAACAAUCUUGUUCCUGAUAAAACCUACCAGGUUUCUAUUACAACCAGAAACAGCAUGGGAGAAGGACCCCCAGAUGUUAAGAAUGUUACAACUCCAUCAAUUCCUAGUCCAAUUGUGUUAAGUGCUACUCCAUACUUAGUGCUUUGGUCUCAACAGAAAGUUCUUCUACAAGGACUUGACUUCAUAGAAUCGUCAGAACUGUUGUAUCAGUCUAAGGACAAAUUCAACAAUAUUGUUGGAGUGGGGCUUCACGUAAAGAAAAAAAUUAUCUUUGUGUCGGACACAUCAGGAUCAGUUCACUCCUUUCUUCUAGAUCAGAAAGAUAAAGUUAAUACAGUAAUUCAUAACAGCACUUUCUAUCCUGGAUUAUUAUCAGUGGAUUGGCUAAAUGACUACCUAUACAUGGAGGAAAAAAGCCAGAUCAGUAGAUGUAAUUUGAAAGGAACAAUGUGCCAAGUAGUUGUGUCUGGAUUUAAAAACAAACCAUCAACUUUUCAUGUGGAUCCUUAUAAUGGCUUUCUUUAUUGGGCCUGGGAUGAAGAUUCAGAAACAAGGCUUUAUAGUCUUGACCUUGGAAGAAUUUCUAGUGAUGAUGUUCCUGCUGAUAGUGGACAUGUAAUCAUGAAGGGGACAUCUCUCACAGCCUUUGCUGUUGAUCACAAAAACUUUCAAUUGCUGGUCCCUGUGCCAGAAAAAAACACUGUUUUUACUGUAACUCUGGAUGGUGUAGACCAACAUGAUGUCAGAUUUAACUCCCAACAACCUGACUUCACACAAGUGAAAAGUUUAGUGACUUACAACAGAUUAUUUUAUUGGAUUAAGCAAGACAAAGUGUUCAAAGAAGAGUAUCAUUCCAGUGAGGAUAAAUAUUUCCACAUCACUUUUAAGCUGGACAAAACAGUGAAAGAAUUUUUAGGUGUUAAAAUCCUUCAUUCAGAUUACCAGCCUUUACCUGUUCCUGUAAAUCCUGUUGAGGAGGUUCAGGUUGUCUUCCAUACCAAAAUGGCUAAAAUUGCCUGGUCUAAACCACGAAGACCUGGUGGUUUUGGAAGUGGAGCCUGGCAGGAAUGGUGUUAUGAGGUUCAUUUGGAGGAUCAGAAGGCAGGGUUGACCAUUUACAGGAAGGAAAUAAAUGAAACAUCAUGUACUAUUGAGAAUUUACUGCCAAACACCUACUACUCUGUGAAAGUCAGGGCUUAUAAUAGGGGUGGUAAAGGACCUUGGUCAGAUCUGUUUGAUGGGAAGACACUAAGAGAAGGAAAUGAUCAAGAUGAUAUAUUUAUUCUUUGGAGUGGUAGAGAAGGCCUUGUGAAAACUAAUAUUAUUGGAGAUAACAUGAAACCACUGAUUAACAAGACAAGUUUGGGUGACAACUUUAUAACAGACAUCAGCUGGUAUAAUGGAUUGGUCUUCCUGAACACUAACAACAGCUGGGUGUUUAUGUAUAAUGUCUCUGAGACUGAGUCACUUACUCAUCUGCAGAAUGUUACUAAUGCUGCAAGCAUUACAAUUGAUUGGCUUGCUCCAAAGCUAUAUUGGUCUAGUCCUCAUCAGCAAAUGAUCUCCCGAUCCAACAUUGAUGGCUCCUAUCCUGAACACCUACAUUUGUAUACACUUGCUCAAGAGUUAGCUAUUGAUUCUGUUCGAGGGCAGUUGUAUUGGACUACAACACACACUAUAGAAUACUCAAGACUUAAUGGAUUUGAACAUCAUGUGUAUUUUGAAACAGAACCUUUUUCUGGGAAAGUAAUAGGCCUCAGCAUGGAUUUUGAUCGAGAUAAAGUGUAUUGGGUAAUUCGCAGCUUUGAAGGAUCAAUUCUCUAUGAAGCACCACUAGUGUCUGAGAAAAUGAUGGAACACAACAUAGUAAAGAAAGUAGGAGUGAUUCCUGAUUUAAACAUGCGUGGACCUUUGCAUUACCUUAGUGACCGUUUUUUCUGGCUUGGUGAAAAUGAAGGUGCACUAAUCAGUGACUUGAAUGGUCAGAAUUUAGCCAAACUUGAAAUACAGGAGUUGAAAACAAUUUGGACAUUAGCUGUGAUUAAUGGGUCAAAGAAAUCAAUACCAGGCGUCAAACAUCCCCAAAAACUUAAUGUUAGCCCAGACCAGAUUAAAGCAACAGAUAUUGGUAUCACUGGGACUUGGGAUGACUUCAGGAUCUUUUGGCCAGCUACUGUGCAUGUAAACUUUGGACAGGUCUUCUAUAACCUGAUUAUAAACAGUGGACAAGAAACCAUUGCAGUUGACACACAACAAAACUUCUUUAAACCUACUAAACAAUUUGCACCAUAUACACAAUUAAAUAUUGCUGUUCGUGCUUAUACCUAUUGGGCUUCAUCUAAACAGACUGUUGUUUCUCUGAAUACACCAAUGGCAGCUCCUUCAGCUCCUGAAAAUCCUCGUGUAUACAUCUCUCACCAUUCUUCUCCUCUCAAAAAUGAAAAUGAAAUUUUCAUUGAAGCAGAGUUUCGCUGGUCACCUCCUGCUAGCAAGAAUGGUGCUAUUGAAGAGUAUAACAUCAGUUGUUGGUUUAUGCAGGAUGGUCUUAGUUUGGCUGUGUGCAACAGAGUUUUUGUUCCAAGCACCCAGCAUCAUUAUCGACUAACGGGACUCUUACCAGAUACUUUGUAUUUUUUCCAGGUCAGUGCCAGGACAUCAGUAGGUGAAGGACCACCUUGUACAGCUGUUGAAGGAAAUACUUCAAAAGAAAACCCAGUGCCACAUUUAUUGUUAGCAGAGGAAGAUGCUAUGAAAAUAUCAGACAUUGACAGAAAAGAAGAGCGUAUUCUUUCAAACAAAGUUUCUCAACCUGUUGAUGCAGUAUACUUGGGACAGGAGCAUGCGAUCUAUUGGUUAGAAGAAAAUGGGGCUCUGAUGUCUUCUAGUAUGAAUGGCACAAAUACUAGACUGAUUCGCAAUUUACCACCAGGUGGUACAAGCAUGGUGCUAGAUUGGGUUGGUCGGUAUCUGUUUUGGUCAGAAAGUUCCUUGAAUGAACACCAAACUACAAUCUGGACAAUGGAUUUUAGUCGUUACAGUGAUCCAUAUCCUCUGGUCACAAAGUCUGCUGUGAUUGGUGGAAUGGAAGUGGAUCCGCUUUCUAGCACGCUCAUUUACACACUGCUGCACGACAACCACAUGGCUCAGCUCAUGGCUUGUGAUAUCAAUGGUAAAAAUGUUCGACCAUUUUUUAUGCAACGUUCUGACUCACAUUCUCUUAAGAAAAGACACAGUGUACAAGAUACUGAAGAAAAGUUUCAGAAAUGUAAUUGUUUUCACCAGCCUCAGGUUGGGAAGGCCAUUACAAUAGACUGGUCACAGAAGGACCAACCAGUAUUAUUGUGGGUAGAUGGCCAACAUGGAAAUAUCUGGUCAUCUGACAUGAUGGGAUGCAUUUGUCAACUACUUAUCAAUGCAAGCAGUAAUCUUCAUAUGCUAGGUCUUCCUCCAACCUCCAUCACUGCUGACAAAGAACGUAUCUACUGGUCAAAUUCAUCUAUGGGUCGUGUUUACAGCAUCAGUAAGAGUCAUAAUUUACAUGGAUGGGCAGCAUCAGCUCUAACAGCUUCAGUGUCUCCCCAUCACAUGACACAUAAAUCCUUGCUGAACAGCAAUGAAGUAGUUUAUGAAGAUGUGAAAGGAGUAAGAGGAAUACGAGCCAUUGGAGAACACCUACAGCCUUAUCCAGGUCGCAAGUGCCUUGUCCCUCCACUAUAUAGCAGAAAAGCUCAACUCCAGCAUCUUACCUCUUCAUCUUUAACAUUAUUUCUGCCACCAGAGGACCUUCCAUUAUCUUGUCGUAAGGUGUCUCUAGCAUCUGUGUUAUACACAGUGUAUUAUGGAGAAUCUGAUGGUAGCAAAUGCAAGGAAAACUUGAGAGAGUGCCAAACUGCUAAAACCUAUAACAACACAAUUACGAUCAAGAACCUCUCUCCAUUCACCAACUACACACUACGAGUAAGAAACAGUAACUACUACUCUCUAGGUCCUUCAGCUGCUGGUCCAGCUGUGAGCUUCCAGACUAAAGAAGGAGUUCCUUCACAACCACUUAAUGUUCAAGGAGAAACAAUUACUCCCAUGAGAAUUGACGUCUCCUGGAGUCCACCUAUCAUUCCAAAUGGUGACCCAAUAACCUAUGAAGUGAGAUUAAAAACAAAAAAAACGGAUCACUCACUUGUUUUUGCAAAAAAACAUUCCUCAAUUGGGGACAGGUUGAUGAUGUCUUUGUUUCCUCUGAAUGCAGACACUACAUAUUUUAUUGUGGUGAGAGCAUGCUCCUCUGGAGGGGACAGUGACAGUGAAGAAGUAGAAGUCUCCACAUUUCCACUUCCAAGUAACCUGUCCUUGGUUUCUGCUACUUCCAACUCUUUACUAGUACAGUGGCUUUCUCCCUAUCAAGGAGAAGUUAUACAACAUAGGCUGGAGUAUGUUAAUAGAGAUGAUGAAAGUGGAUACUGGAACCCAUUAGACAUUCAGACUACAGAAGUUUCCACAUAUUAUGACUUCAAACUGGUUUCUCUUCUACCCAAAGCAAAAUACCUGCUGCGCUUGAUUUUGCUCUAUAGAAACACCAAAAACACUACUUUUCUUUGGCCAGAGACUGGUUUUGAAUUUGAAACACUAGGAGACCAGCCCCUAGGACCUGGGCCUCCCUAUGUACGUGAUGUUGGACGAAGUGUUAACCAGGUUGUCUGGGAUGAAGUUUCUGCUAAUGGAGGAGAUUAUCUUUUGUAUGAACUGCAAGUCAGAUCUUGGUUUAAGGUUGAUGACAAUGAGACCACCUGGAGAACAGUUUAUAAUAACUCCAACAAUAUGUGGAUCGUUGAGGGAUUACCUGCAAAAGUAAAUUACAUUUUUAGAGUUCGAGCUAUCAACAACUAUGGUUCUAGUAAUUUCAGCACUGAAAGUAAAUCUUUCUUCCUACCAGAACCUAGUGCUUUAGCCACUCAAGAAGGUGAGGAAAUUGCAAUUAUUCUUGCUAGUUCGUUAUCUGCUGUCUUUCUCAUCAUACUGUUUCUUUGUGCAGCAGUUAUUCUUGUCCGUAAAAGAAGAGAAAAUGAUAAAAAGAUGCUUCAAGAGGCAGGACGACGAUUCCAAGACACAGAUCUGGAGCUAGCAACUCUCAGGGAGUUACCUCACCACAGUAACUUUGUGCACCAGACCAAUGCUCUUUAUGCCUUGGAAGACAUUCCAACUGAUGAGGAGCUGGCAAUACUACCCCAAAUUCGUAGGGAGCAGAUUGUACUUACAAAAUUUCUUGGAAGUGGCGCAUUUGGAGAGGUGUUUGAAGGAGUUGCUCAUGAUCUAGAGGGAGAGGGGUCAGUCCCAACUAAAGUUGCUAUUAAGACAUUACGGAAAGGUGCUACAGAUCAAGAAAAAGGAGAAUUCCUGAAAGAAGCCAAGUUAAUGAGUAACUUUAAACAUGAGCAUAUUCUUCAGCUUCUGGGGAUUUGUCUUGACAAUAAUCCAAAUUUUAUUAUCAUGGAGCUUAUGGAAGGAGGUGAUUUGCUGUCGUAUCUUCGCUCCAAUAGAAAUGCACAUCUUUUUGGAAGAAAUCCACUUACAAUGACUGACUUGUUAGGAAUUUGCAUUGAUGUUGCUAGAGGUUGUGUUUAUUUGGAAGAGAUGCACUUUGUUCACAGAGAUUUAGCUGCUAGAAACUGUCUGGUGUCAAGCCAUGAUCCACUUUACCGUCAUGUCAAGAUUGGAGAUUUUGGUUUAGCUCGAGAUAUUUAUAAAAAUGAUUACUAUCGUAAAGAAGGGGAAGGUUUACUUCCUGUUCGCUGGAUGGCACCAGAAUCAUUAGUGGAUGGGGUUUUCACUAAUCAGUCAGAUGUUUGGGCCUUUGGUGUCUUAUUAUGGGAAGUCUUAACCUUGGGUCAACAACCUUACCCAGCACGUACAAAUCUAGAGGUGCUACAUUAUGUCAGAAACAGAGGUCGCCUUGAUCGACCAGAUAAUUGUCAUGAAGAUUUACACCAACUAAUGCUAUGGUGUUGGAGCUAUGAUCCAUCAGGUAGGCCUAACUUUGGAGAGUGUCUCCAAGUUCUGACAGAUCUCCAGAAUAAGGGAGAUGAAACAACAGCAGCAGUGAACACAGUUCACAACCAUCAUUACAUGGCUCAGAAUUUUAACACAGGUGCCUUUGACAACCUAGCAUACCGUCAAGAUGAACGUCAACCUGAGAUACAAGGAACUCCCUGUCCCCCUCAUGAGUGUGGAGAAAAUCAUCAUUUGGGAUCUGCCAGUUCAGUGGAACAGCCACUGUUAGUGGUAAAACAUCCUUCUUCUGAUAUUGAUUACACGAAUGGAGAAGUGCAAGAAGCAGAUUCCUUUACAACCCCUAACAGAGUAAUAGAAACUCAGCCUUGUUCAUCUGGACCAACAGCUGACAGCAAUAAAGCUAAAUACCUGGAUCUUCUAGCAGACAGUGUUUCUUUAACUGACCACGAUGGAUAUGAAAUACCAAUACGAGCUCAUAUGACUGUUUCAAAGCCAUUAAACUAUGCUGAUCUGGUAACCAAAAGAUCACCUUUAACAGUUAAUGACAAAAGAACCAAAGCAAAAACCCAGCAGAAUGCCUCUCUCUCUAAUAGCUCACCACCCCCUCUAUAUGCUCAGGUCUUUCCUCAAUCUCGGCGAAAGAAAAAAUCUUUGACAGAUAAAAAUUCUGUAAAUGUGGAUUCUGAACCAAUACAGGAAGUGCUUCAUAAAAACAAACUCAAGCCAGUGAAAAAGAAUGGUCUAGUGCCCUCACCUUGUAUCUCAGUGGUCAACUGUGACCCUCAUCAGUUACCAUCUAGUCCAACUGAGCUUUUAACAGACACUGAAGAAGCUGUAAUGGUUGAAGCAUGUAACCCAGCAUUUUUGAACCAGUUAUGUAUUCCAGAUAAGAAACUGGGUGUUCAUAAUAGUACAGAUUGUCUCAGCAUUAGUCCAGCUACUACUGACCAGUGGUCAUUGUCCACAACUUCCACAGCAGCUUUGCAGAGUAGCUCAAACUCAACACCAGAGAGUAAACGAAACAGUGGCCUCUCUUCCUUAUCAGCAGUGUCUGGUGUGGAACUUGACUUUAUACCCAAAUCCUCCUGGUGUUAAACAUGAUUUUGAAAGUUGGGAUGUCUGUCAGUGUGAAAGUGAUCAAACAUUCUAUAAUUGGUAGCUAAAAUAGACUUAUGAAAUUUUAAGUGCGCCUUACAUUUAAGAUAACUUGAGGUAUCAUAUACUUUGAAAUGUUACAACAUGAAGACUACAGUCUUUUAUUUUGUCCCAAGUAAAGAAAUAGAUUGUUUGAGAAAUUUUUUUUAUAUAGAUUGUGCCAGUAAAAUGUUCAGUUAUAAGAAUAUUUUAGUAAAGGAAAACAUCAAAGAAAAUCCAUGAAUUUAUAAUAUUGGUUUUAUUUAAUUAAUAUCUACCACUUUUUCUGAGAAGUCUUAUCUACUGCUGUAUUUAACUAUUGGUAAUUGUUUCUGCUUUUUUUGAAUUCACAUCCACAAAACAUGCAAGCCAUUUUCCAUGUAACAAAAAACAUUCAUGCCAAAGUUGUUGUUUUUCUGCAAGUGUACUCAAGUGGUGAAAAAGUGCUUUGUUUUCUAGUAAAUUUGCUUUUUCAGUGUAUAUUAAACUAUCAAACCUCUUUCAGGCUUAUUUUAACUGAAUCAUGGUUAAUGUUUCUUUUUUUAUAUAUUCAUGAAAAGAUUAUAUAUCACAUUUGUUGUUUGUCACAUUUUUGUAAGAGUUUUUCCAAAACAGAGGUACAAAUAUUGUAUGUAAAGUGUAAAUAUUCAUAAUUUGAUUGAUGUUUAAAGGAUUUUUAAUAUUUUUAUUGUAAGGUUGUAAAAUAAUAAAUCAUAGAUAUAGUAUUAAAUAUAGUAUUAGAUAUAUUUUUGUAAAGACUAAAACUUUUUUAAGCAUUGUACAUAUACUUUUUAAAGUAACUAGUUUAAUAUUUUGUAAUAAACCAACCUUUAUGAAUGUUAAUUAGACUGAGAGGAGAAAAAAUGUAACCAAGUUUUUCUGGACUUCUUGGAUUUCAAUAUAUAAAUACGUGAAUUUGAUUCUGAAAAAAGAAAUAUCAUUAGAUUUGUAGCUUUUAUAUGAAAUGUAGGAUAACAUUUUCUUAAUGAGUGUAUUUUAAAAUUUCUGAAAACAUAAGUUUAUAAGUUUCUUGAAAACUAGAAUAAUUGUGUUAGAAUAAAAUUAUUUUUAUUUUUAACUUUUUCUAAAUAGCAUUGGAUAUUUAUAAAAUUACCUCAUUGAUUUUACAUUGUUAUAUAACUGAACAUUAAGAAAAAAAUUUAAUGUUUUUAUCACUACUAAGUUGUAGAGAUAUUAAAGCACUUUU